AAGACUGAGAGAUAGAGAAAAUGUCUGAUGAGUGUCAUCUGUGUCUGCUGGGACUGAUCGUUCUCUCUUCACUUCUCACAGGUUCCAGUGGAGUGGAUGAUGCUCAUGUGUUCAUCAGUUCUGGUGAAGAUGUCCAUCUGUCCUGUAAUAAUGCUCUUCCAGACUGUAACUCAACUACAUGGAACUAUAACAGAUUCAGACAUUCAGCAACAGAUGAACUGAUUGCUUUAGGGAAAAAGAAGAACAACACAGAGAGACAUGAGAGACUGAGUCUGGGGCCUGACUGCUCUCUGAACAUCAACAACAUCUCAACAGAAGAUUAUGGAUAUUACACCUGCAGACAAUAUGUGAAUGACAAACAACAAGGAACUGAUGCUCGUGUUUUUCUGCAUAUUCUUCAUGUCUCUUCAUCCUCCUCCUCAUCCUCACAGACUGAGAUCAGUGCAGGCCGCUCUGUGACUCUCUUCUGUCAGUUGUAUUCAUUUGCUGAAGGCUCUUGUGAUGAUUGGAUCAGUUCUGAGAUAAUUGAGCUGUUCUGGGUGAAUCAGGCUGGUGUUAAACUGACGAGAUCAGACUCCAGAUAUCAGAUAUUAUCCUCAUCAGAUCACUGUAUCAUCACUCUGACUACAACACUCCUGAAUGAAGAUCACAACAGAGAGUGGAGAUGUGAAGUUACUCAGAGAGAUCAAGUCAAGACCUCAGCCACAUACACUGUCAAGAGUUCAGCUCAAGCUGAAACAGUGACAGCAGUGAUUCCAGUCCACAUCACAAACUCUCAGGAUCCCUCAACUACAACAUCAUCAUAAACUUCUAAAGAUCAAGUCACAGUGAUUUCUGUGUCUGCCGCUGCAUUCGCUGUUGUCCUUGCUGUCCUCUGGCUGAUCUGGAGAAAAAGAGCUG